AUGGGUGAUGGUGAGAUGGCCGUAUUUGGGGUCGCAGCCCCUUUCCUCCGCAAAUCUGAAAAGGAGAGGAUUGAGGCCCAAAAUCGGCCCUUUGAUGCUAAAACCUCCUACUUUGUAAUCGACCAAAAAGUGAUGUACGUGAAAGGCACCAUCCAGUCCAGAGAUGGGGGAAAAGUCAACGUAAAGAAAGAAGACCAGUCCACCGUAACAGUGAAGGACGAUGAAGUUUUCCCCAUGAACCCUCCAAAGUACGACAAGAUUGAAGAUAUGGCCAUGAUGACUCACCUAAAUGAGCCCGCUGUGUUGUAUAACCUCAAAGAGCGUUAUGCAGCCUGGAUGAUCUACACCUACUCCGGCCUCUUCUGUGUCACUGUCAACCCCUACAAGUGGCUCCCUGUGUACAACCCAGAGGUGGUUGCUGGAUACAGAGGGAAGAAGCGUCAAGAGGCUCCACCACACAUCUUCUCCAUCUCUGAUAAUGCCUAUCAGUUCAUGUUGACUGGUGAGUUACAUCAAAUAUCGACCAAUGAGUGGAGAAUCUGGUGCUGGGAAGACUGUCAACACGAAACGUGUCAUCCAGUACUUUGCCACAAUUGCAGCCAUCGGAGACAAAAAAGCCAAAGAGGCUGCGGCGGGAAAGAUACAGGGAACUCUGGAGGAUCAAAUCAUCCAGGCCAACCCUCUGCUGGAGGCCUUCGGCAAUGCCAAGACAGUCAGAAAUGACAACUCCUCCCGUUUUGGUAAAUUCAUCAGAAUCCACUUUGGGACUACAGGAAAGCUGUCUUCUGCUGAUAUUGAAACAUAUCUUCUGGAAAAAUCCAGAGUAACAUUCCAGUUGUCUGCUGAGAGGAGCUACCACAUCUUCUACCAGAUCAUGUCCAACAAAAGGCCAGAACUGAUUGAAAUGCUUCUGAUCACCACCAACCCCUAUGACUUCCCCUAUGUCAGCCAAGGUGAGAUCACCGUGGCCAGCAUCGAUGACCAAGAAGAAUUAAUGGCCACCGAUAGUGCUAUUGACAUCCUUGGCUUCAACCCAGACGAGAAGAUCGGUAUCUACAAAAUGACCGGUGCUGUCAUGCACUAUGGAAACAUGAAAUUCAAACAGAAGCAAAGAGAGGAGCAGGCUGAGCCUGAUGGCACGGAAGUGGCUGACAAGGCUGCCUACCUGAUGGGCCUGAAUUCAGCUGAUCUUCUGAAGGCUUUGUGUUACCCCAGGGUUAAAGUCGGAAAUGAAUUUGUCACCAAAGGUCAAACUGUCCAGCAGGUGUACAACUCUGUCGGUGCCCUGGGCAAGUCUGUCUAUGAGAAAAUGUUCUUGUGGAUGGUCAUCCGCAUCAACCAGCAGCUGGACACAAAACAGCCAAGACAGCACUUUAUUGGCGUCUUGGAUAUUGCUGGCUUUGAGAUCUUUGAUUACAACAGCUUGGAGCAGCUUUGUAUUAACUUCACCAAUGAGAAACUGCAACAGUUCUUUAACCACCACAUGUUUGUGCUGGAACAAGAGGAGUACAAGAAGGAAGGCAUUGACUGGGAGUUCAUUGACUUCGGCAUGGACUUGGCUGCCUGCAUUGAGCUUAUUGAGAAGCCAAUGGGCAUCUUCUCCAUUCUGGAAGAAGAGUGCAUGUUCCCCAAGGCAACAGACACGUCCUUCAAGAACAAGCUGUACGACCAACAUCUGGGGAAGUCUAACAACUUCCAGAAACCUAAACCAGCCAAAGGCAAAGCUGAGGCUCACUUCUCCUUGGUCCACUAUGCUGGAACUGUGGAUUACAAUAUCAGUGGCUGGCUGGACAAGAACAAGGACCCACUGAAUGAGACUGUCAUUGGCCUCUACCAGAAGUCAUCAGUGAAACUCUUGUCCUUCCUGUAUUCUGCCUAUUCUGGUUCUGAAGGAGACUCUGGUGGCAAGAAGGGUGCUAAGAAGAAGGGUUCAUCUUUCCAGACUGUGUCUGCUCUCUUCAGGGAGAAUCUGAACAAACUGAUGACAAACUUGAGGAGCACUCACCCUCACUUUGUGCGUUGCUUGAUCCCCAAUGAAACCAAGACCCCAGGUGCUAUGGAUCAUCACUUGGUCAUGCAUCAGCUAAGGUGUAAUGGUGUGCUGGAGGGCAUCAGAAUUUGCAGGAAAGGUUUCCCCAGCAGAAUCCUCUACGCUGACUUUAAACAACGUUACAAAGUCCUGAAUGCAAGUGCCAUCCCAGAAGGUCAGUUUAUUGACAGCAAGAAGGCUUCCGAGAAGCUUCUUGGAUCUAUUGAUGUUGACCACACGCAAUACAAAUUUGGGCACACUAAGGUGUUCUUCAAAGCUGGUCUGCUGGGUACUCUUGAGGAGAUGCGAGAUGAUAAGUUGGCACAACUGAUUACUCGUACUCAGGCCAUUUGCAGAGGAUACCUCAUGAGAGUUGAGUUCGGAAAAAUGAUGGAGAGGAGAGAGUCCAUCUUCUGCAUCCAGUACAAUGUUCGCUCCUUCAUGAAUGUCAAGCAUUGGCCAUGGAUGAAGCUGUACUUCAAGAUCAAGCCUCUGCUGAAGAGCGCUGAAUCUGAGAAGGAAAUGGCCAACAUGAAGGAAGAGUUUGAGAAGACAAAGGAGGCUCUGACUAAGUCAGAGGCCAAGAGGAAGGAGCUUGAAGAGAAGAUGGUAUCCAUCCUGCAAGAGAAGAAUGACCUGCAGCUCCAAGUUGCAUCUGAAUCUGAGAACCUUUCAGAUGCAGAGGAAAGGUGUGAGGGUCUCAUCAAAUCCAAGAUUCAACUGGAAGCCAAAAUCAAGGAGAUUAAUGAGAGGCUGGAAGAUGAAGAGGAAUCAAAUGCAGAGCUUACCGCAAAGAAGAGGAAACUUGAAGAUGAAUGUUCUGAGUUAAAAAAGGACAUUGAUGACCUCGAGUUGACUCUGGCUAAAGUAGAGAAAGAGAAGCAUGCCACAGAAAACAAGGUGAAAAACCUUACUGAAGAAAUGGCCGUGCUUGAUGAAAACAUUGCCAAGCUGACCAAGGAGAAGAAAGCUCUUCAGGAAGCCCAUCAACAGACCUUGGAUGACCUUCAAGCUGAAGAGGACAAAGUCAACACCCUGACUAAGGCUAAGACCAAGCUGGAACAGCAAGUGGACGAUCUGGAGGGAUCUCUUGAACAAGAGAAGAAGCUCCGCAUGGAUAUGGAGAGAGCAAAGAGGAAGCUGGAGGGUGACUUGAAGUUGGCUCAGGAGUCCACGAUGGACCUGGAAAAUGACAAGCAACAGCUGGAUGAAAAAGUUAAAAAGAAGGAGUUUGAAAUGAGCCAGCUUCAGAGCAAGAUUGAAGAUGAACAGGCUUUGGCUUCACAGCUUCAGAAAAAGAUUAAGGAACUUCAGGCCCGCAUUGAGGAACUUGAAGAAGAAAUUGAGGCAGAGCGUGCGGCUCGUGCCAAGGCUGAAAAGCAACGUUCCGACCUCUCCAGGGAGCUUGAAGAGAUCAGCGAGCGUCUGGAGGAAGCUGGAGGGGCAACAUCUGCUCAGAUAGAGAUGAACAAGAAACGUGAGGCAGAAUUCCAGAAGAUGAGGCGUGACCUGGAGGAGGCCACCUUGCAGCAUGAAGCCACUGCUGCCACUCUCCGGAAGAAGCAUGCUGAUAGCGUGGCAGAGUUCGGAGAACAGGUUGACAACCUUCAGAGGGUCAAACAGAAAUUGGAAAAGGAGAAGAGUGAGCUGAAGAUGGAGAUAGACGACCUAGCAAGCAACAUGGAGUCUGUCUCUAAAGCAAAAGCAAACUUGGAGAAGAUGUGCCGAACCCUAGAGGACCAAUAUUCUGAGAUCAAAACAAAAGAGGAAGAACAUUUAAGAGUGAUUAAUGACUUAAAUGCCCAAAGAGCUCGUCUUCAAACAGAGACUGGCGAAUUCUCUCGCCAGGUGGAAGAAAAAGAAUCCUUGGUCUCUCAACUCUCCAGAGGCAAACAGGCUUUCACCCAACAAGUUGAAGAGUUGAAGAGGCAGCUUGAGGAAGAGACAAAGGCCAAGAAUGCCCUAGCUCAUGCGCUUCAGUCUGCUCGCCACGACUGUGACUUGCUCAGGGAGCAAUUUGAAGAGGAGCAGGAAGCCAAGGGUGAGCUUCAACGCUCAUUGUCCAAGGCCAACAGUGAAGUCUCUCAGUGGAGAACAAAAUAUGAGACAGAUGCCAUUCAGCGCACAGAAGAACUUGAAGAAGCCAAGAAGAAACUGGCCCAGCGUCUCCAGGAGGCUGAAGAACAAAUUGAGGCAGUCAAUUCCAAAUGUUCCUCCCUGGAUAAGACCAAACAGAGACUUCAAAGUGAAGUGGAGGAUCUCAUGGUGGAUGUAGAACGUUCCAAUUCAGCAUGUGCAGCUCUGGAUAAGAAACAGAAGAACUUUGAUAAGGUGCUGGCUGACUGGAAACAGAAGUAUGAGGAGACCCAAGCUGAACUGGAAGCUUCUCAGAAAGAAUCCAGAUCUCUAAGCACUGAAGUUUUUAAGAUGAAGAAUUCCUAUGAAGAGGCAUUAGACCAAUUGGAGACCUUCAAGAGAGAAAACAAGAACCUUCAACAGGAGAUUUCAGAUCUGACAGAACAGAUUGCAGAAGCAGGGAAAACUGUUCAUGAGUUGGAAAAGGCCAAAAAACAGGUUGAGCAGGAGAGGUCUGACUUCCAGACAGCUCUUGAAGAAGCUGAGGCAUCUCUGGAGCAUGAAGAAGCCAAAAUUCUGCGCAUACAACUUGAACUGACCCAGGUUAAGUCUGAGAUUGACAGGAAGAUAGCUGAAAAAGAUGAAGAGAUAGACCAGAUUAAGAGGAACAGCCAAAGAGCCCUGGAGUCCAUGCAGAGCUCCUUGGAUGCUGAGAUCAGAAGUAGGAAUGAUGCAUUGAGACUGAAGAAGAAGAUGGAGGGAGAUCUCAAUGAGAUGGAAAUCCAACUGAGUCAUGCCAACCGACAGGCAGCUGAGGCUCAAAAGCAACUUAGAAAUGUUCAGGGACAACUCAAGGAUGCCCAACUGCAUCUUGAUGAUGCUCUUAGAGGAAUUGAUGACCUUAAAGAACAGCUGGCUAUUUCUGAAAGACGAAGCAACCUCUUGACCGCAGAAAUUGAAGAAAUGAGGUCUGCCCUGGAACAGACAGAGCGUGCACGUAAGGUGGCUGAGCAAGAGCUACUCGAUGUCACAGAGCGUGUCCAACUUCUCCACACCCAGAACACCAGCCUUAUCAACACAAAGAAGAAGCUUGAAUCUGAUGUCUCACAACUGCAAACUGAAGUGGAAGAAGCCAUCCAAGAAUGUAGGAAUGCAGACGAAAAAGCAAAGAAAGCAAUCACUGAUGCUGCCAUGAUGGCUGAAGAGCUGAAGAAAGAGCAGGACACCAGUGCUCACCUCGAGAGGAUGAAGAAGAACCUUGAACAGUCAGUGAAGGACCUUCAACACCGUCUGGAUGAGGCUGAGCAGCUGGCCAUGAAAGGUGGCAAGAAGCAACUCCAGAAACUGGAGGCCAGAGUGCGUGAGCUGGAAAAUGAACUUGAUGCUGAACAGAAGAGAAGCUCAGACGCCAUCAAAGGUGUGUGCGCAAGUACGAGAGGAGAGUCAAGGAGCUGUCAUACCAGUCUGAAGAGGACAAGAAGAACGUGUUUAGGCUCCAAGAUUUGGUUGACAAGCUGCAGGUGAAAGUCAAGUCUUACAAGAGACAAGCAGAAGAAGUUGAGGAACAAGCUACAGUCCAUCUGGCCCGAUUUAGGAAGACUCAGCAUGAGCUGGAGGAGGCAGAGGAACGUGCUGACAUUGCAGAGUCUCAGGUCAACAAGCUCAGAGUCAAAAGCCGGGAAAUUGGCAAGAAAGCUGAAGAGUGA